AUGGCUCUUGUUCUGCGUUAUGUCAAUAAAGAGGGUGAACUUAUUGAGAGAUUCCUUGGUCUUGUUCAUGUUAAAGGUACAACUGCACAUGCAUUACAUAAAGAAAUAUAUUCUUUGCUUUUACAACAUUCAUUGAGUUCAUCUCUAAUACGGGAACAAGGGUAUGAUGGAGCUAGUAACAUGCAAGGAAACAUCAAUGGUCUUAAAACUUUGAUUCUGAAAGAUAAUCCUUCGGCACAUUGCAUACAUUGCUUUGCUCAUCAGUUGCAAUUGACUCUUGUAGCUAUUGCAAAGAAACACCAUGAUGUAAAUAAUUUUUUUGACACUCUUGCUAAUGUUUUGAAUGUUGUUGGAGGUUCUUAUAAGCAUAGGGAGAUGCUUAGAGAUGAUCAAGCUGAAAAAUUAGAUGAGUUAUUAGUGCUUGGUGAAGUUCAUAUAGGAAGUGGAUUAAAUCAAGAACUUGGGCUUCAAAGACCAAGUGAUACCCGUUGGGGAUCUCACUUUAAGACAUUGCGUAACUUUAUUUCUUUAUUCUCAUCGAUUGUUCAUAUACUUGGAGUUCUUGCAAAUGAGGGUUCAAAUUAUCAGGAGAAAGCAUUAGCCAAAAGUCUAGUGGAAGAUAUAAGAUCUUAUGAGUUCGUUUGUAUAUUACAUUUGAUGUUAAAACUAUUGGCAAUUACAUAUGAUUUGAAUAUGGCCCUACAAAAAAAAGAUCAAGAUAUUGUUAGUGCAAUGAAACUUGUUGAUUUCACAAAGAGGCAAUUGCAAACAAUGAGAGAAUCUAAAUGGAGUCCUUUGAUAGAAGAUGUCUCUUCGUUUUGUGAUAAGAAUGGUAUUGUAAUCCCAAAAAUGGAUGAGAAUCGUUUUAGUGAAGUGAAUACUGCUCUGCUUCUUGGUAUGGCUAGUUUGAGUCCUGAUGAUUCUUUUGCGAAUUAUGAUAAAAACAAGAUUAUGAAACUUGCUACAUAUUAUCCAAAUGAGUUCACUGCUUCUAAGCUUGAAGAUCUUAGUUUUGAGCUUGACAAAUAUAUUGACUAUGUGCGAGAAAUGGAAAAUGCAUUCUCUAAGUUGAAAGGUCUUGGUGAUCUGUCGAAGACAUUGGUUAAAAUAAAUAUUCACAAGACAUGGGGACUUAUUUAUUUGCUUGUGAAGCUGAGUUUGAUAUUACCUGUGGCUACUGCAACGGUUGAAAGGGCUUUUUCUUCAAUGAACAUAAGUGCAAGAAAAUUAUCAAAAGUUUCUAUUAAGGAUGCAAAUAUGUCUAAUGAUUAUGAAGACAAUGGUGGUGGAUUGGUUGCACCAGGAAGUGCCAUUGGUGGUGGGAUUGGUCUAGGAGGAGAAAUUGGUGGGGGUGCUAGUGUUGGAAUAGGGGGGAGGUUGGGUUUUGAGGCAGGACCAAGUGGUGAAGGAAUCGAAGGUCAAUUUGGAGUCGGAAUUGGUGGGGGAUUCAGACGAAGUAUUGGACCAAUUAGUGCAAACACUGGCUUUGGUGGUGGCAAUGGCGGCCUUGAUGGAGGAGUUGGCGGCGCUGAACUUGGUAGUGACAUUGGCUCGUCACCUUGA